AUGUCUCCGUCAUCGUCCACGAAUGAAAAGGUUUCAAUUAGGACGUUUGGACUCUCGUCGCCUUUUGCAUAUCCAGCUGAAUCUGGAUCAUCAAUUGGCCGAAAGGUAUCCGCACAAAAGAAGAAUCAUGAUGGAAGAUACCUCGAUGGAUCAUGUGCACCAGUCUCCAAAUUGGCCCAAGACUCAAACAGUCUCCAAUCGCCAUUCUCUUCUCCUGUAUCGAAAAGAGCACGCGGAUCCUCUCGACACUUGGCGGAGCUCUCACCUGAGCGUACUACAGUAUACUCAACUCCGGUCCGCUACCACCUGCCUACUCGUAUGCGGGUGAUUCCAAAGCCAGAGAUAUCAUGCUUUGAGUCUGAUGACGAGGAUAAUGAUAAUCACUUGAGUGUCAAGAAGGCACUGAAAAUGGCAAGUGACGCGCUGGCGUGGUGCACAAGGAGACAAGCCAAUUCCUUGGUCACACCCAAGUCAUUUCAACAUGACAACAACAAGAUGCGGGAGCAUCAGGGGGCUGGAGACACAGAUCCAAAGAUCCGGAAGCAUUCUGCUGAUGGAAAAUGGAGAAUGGGCAGUGACCCAAGAACUCUAGCACACAAAGUUCAAUGGUCUGGCAGUACCCUGAACUCUGUCACGGAAGCCUGCACAGCCCCGGUCCCGAUGUGCAGGGAAACAACAGGACCAAACGCUUCCAAGAGAUUGGCACCAGCCAUGCACUCAGACUUGGCAGGCACGGAGGUGAAGAUGGGAGAAUCAACCUCACAAUGGAUUGGCUGGUACGGAUCCAAUCCAUUGAAAUCACAGAUGUCUCACGCUUCAAUUGUUGGAUGUCCACCCUUUGGACUGCUCGUCCAUGAGCAUGCCAUGUAUCUUUCCAUUUGUUGGGUUGACACCACCUCAACCCAAUUAUACAGAAUAUACAUGAUCACAGCUUGCAGAGCAACGCACAGGCAUGGACCUAAUCCCUCUACUGAAUUUGCGAGUAAACAUGAAUACGGCAACACUAACGGCUUAGAUCAUCUGAAUCAGACCAUUUAUCCUGCUUUCAGAGCUCACGAGCACGAGGCUAAUGGCCCCUUGCAAUGUGAUCUAUGA